AUGGGAAAAAUAGAUAUUCAACAGUUGGAUGAUGUAGCAAAUCAUCUGCGUAUUGAUUCGAUCAAAAUGACUUGUGCAGCUAAAUCAGGUCAUCCCACAAGUUCGUGCUCAGCUGCGGAGAUUAUUGCAACUCUUUUCUUUAAUGAAAUGAAGUUUGACAAAACAUUUCCAAAAAAUCCAUCUUCUGAUCGUUUCGUUUUAUCAAAGGGUCAUGCAUGCCCGGUACUGUAUGCUGCAUGGCAUCAAGCGGGACAUAUAUCAACAUCUGAUAUGAUGAAUAUACGGAAGGUUACUUGUGAUCUAGAAGGUCAUCCAACGCCACGACUAGACUUUAUCGAUGUUGCUACUGGCUCUCUCGGACAAGGCCUCUCAUGUGCUGCAGGAAUGGCUUAUGCUGGAAAAUAUAUUGAUAAUGCAAGUUAUCGUGUAUAUUGUCUAUUGGGUGAUGGUGAAUGCGCUGAAGGUUCGGUGUGGGAAGCUGCAGCAUUUGCAUCAUACUACAAAUUGGACAAUUUGGUUGCAAUCGUAGACAUGAAUCGUCUAGGACAAACGCAACAGACGAUGCUAGGACAUGAUGCUGAUGCUAUGGCAAAACGCUUUGAGUCAUUUGGAUGUCAUACAGUUGUUGUUAAUGGCUGUAAUGUCGUAGAGCUACUAAAUGCGUAUAACAUUGCACGUCAAACAAAAGAUAGACCAACAGCCAUCAUUGCAAAAACGCUCAAAGGAAAAGGUAUCAUUGGAAUUGAAGAUGAAGAUAACUGGCACGGAAAACCAGUGCCUGAAAGUACUAUUGAGGCAAUUGAACAACGUCUUAUGAACAAAGCAGAUAUUGCCGGAACACUUCAAAUAAAUCUUCCAGUAAAUGAUGCUCCAAAUGUUCAGCUACCAAUUGGUCAUAUUAAAAUGGCAUCACCAGAAUACACAGUUGGUGAUAAGGUGGCAACUCGCCAGGCUUAUGGUAUAGCAUUAGCAAAAUUGGGUGAUGCCUGUCCACGAAUAAUUGGAUUAGAUGGUGAUACCAAAAAUUCAACAUUUAGUGAGAAUUUGCUUAAGAAACAUCCAGGACAAUUCGUGGAAUGCUUUAUUGCGGAACAAAAUCUUGUUGGAGUCGCUGUUGGUUUGCAGUGUCGUGAUCGUGCUAUUCCAUUUGCAAGCACAUUCGCUGCAUUCUUCACACGUGCUGCUGAUCAGCUUCGUAUGGCUGCGGUAUCAUUUGCAAACAUAAAAUGUGUUGGUUCGCAUGUUGGUGUUUCUAUUGGGGAAGAUGGUCCGUCACAAAUGGGUUUAGAAGAUAUCGCAUUGUUUCGAACUAUACCUGGAUCUAUCGUAUUCUAUCCAACUGAUGCAGUAGCAGCAGAGCGGGCAACUGAAUUGGCUGCCAAUACUCGUGGUAUUGCAUUUAUACGUACUGGACGCCCUGCUUGUCCAGUUAUCUAUGGCAAUGAUGAGAAAUUCGAAAUUGGAAAAGGAAAAAUUGUUCAUGAUGCAACGAAACCAAAAGUACUGAUAAUCGGUGCAGGUAUUACACUUUAUGAAGCAAAAAAAGCAGCAGAUAAAUUGCAGUCGGAGAGUGUAGAAGUAAUUGUGAUGGAUCCAUUCACAAUUAAACCGCUUGAUAAAGAUUUGAUUGUAAAAUCGGCCAGAAGAGCAGAAAAUCGUAUAAUUACAGUGGAGGAUCAUUAUCAAGCCGGAGGCAUUGGUGAGGCCGUAUGCCAAGCUGUUUCCGAUCAGAAGGAUAUACGCGUUCGUUCAUUAUUCGUUCUUGAUGUUCCACAUUCCGGACCAUCGGACGUACUACUUGAAAAAUACGGAAUUUCAGCGAAAUGUAUUGUUGAUGCUGUACAUCAAUUCAUUCAUCCACCAAAUUAA